AUCAUCACUACCUGUUUUCUUAGAAACCUCAGCAAAGACGUGUCCUCAGAGCCAGGGAACUUUCAAUUCCAACUAGCUACCAGACAAGAGAGUAAGAUUUUCUUGGGGUUUCCCAUCGUAACGCCACCAGAGUUUUCUUCUUGAGAUAUAUCAGUGAGAUGUAGUCAUUUUAGCUACUGUAGUAAGUCAGAAAACAGAAUUUAGCAAGUACUUCGUGCUUUCGUUAAAGCGAUCCGUUGAAACUCGCCAGUCGCCGCCAAGAGUUCGAGAACUCGGAUAGCACAGCCACUUCCACGUGGUAUUGGCUGCCUUGACUUUCUGAUUAUUACUUUGACUUCGAAACAGAUGCCAAGUAUCUUCUUACCACCACCACCGGUGCUAACAGUCUACCCCAUCGAUAGCUACGACAAUGACUAGGCUAUUAUCCCGGUUCGCAAAGUCAUUUUUUGCUAUCAUUCUAGCAUUGGUCGUCAUAUCCAUGCUAGCAUUCCUCCACCCUCCGACUCGAGCGUACAUCGAUCCAUGGACGGGUGACUUUCUCGGUGAAGGAGGUGUAGCUCUGCAUACAGGCUCGUUCAAGAAGGGCGAAUUGGAUGUCACUCAAGGAACCGUCAUCAUGCCAAAGUUAGGGAACGAGACUGCAAAGGCUGCGCUGGGACGGUCGACGUGGAAGUUACUGCACACGAUCACUUUGCGAUACCCCGAGAACCCUACUGCCGACGAACGAGAGGCGCUGGAAUCAUAUUUCCAUCUCCUGUCACGGUUAUAUCCCUGCGGAGAAUGCGCGGCAGAAUUCCAAAAAUUGCUCAAGAAAUUACCUCCUCAGACCUCCUCCCGGCGCUCUGCAGCACUUUGGCUUUGCUCCCUCCAUAAUGAGGUUAAUGAGCGUCUAGGUAAACCUCAAUUUGACUGUGCGCAUUUGGAUGAAGAGUACGACUGUGGAUGUGGUGAUGAACCUAUCAAUGGCACGAAGGCUUUAGGCGGAGGGAAAGCCGAAGAUUCCGCGAAAAAUUCAGACGCAGAUGAACUGACAGGCAUAGAGAUGAUCAAUGGCGGGAGGUAAUCUAUCCUUACGGAUAGUAGAGUCUAUGGCCGUUUUGUAAGAUAUACAUGGUGGAUUAUUGACGGGUAUCAUGGUAUGGUUAAGAAUACUCCCGGACGGGUCGCGAAGCGCUGUGUGUAUUAACACGACGCAUCGACGAACGCAUUGAAGUUAUACACUUCUGGUCUGGUCUGAAACCGGAAUCCGUGUGGUGC